AUGAAUGAGUUGUUGUCUAUAAAUAGAGGAAGAGAAAUAAAUAGCAUGGAAAGCACUAAUACUCCUUUGAAUAAAAGUAUUCCCAUUGACACUUUAAUCGAUGUCACUCCUUCGGAUAAUAGUACUCCAGAUAACACUUUAAUCGAUGGCACAGACUCUAAUACAGAUGAAGCAUUGGAAAUAAGUAACAAAAAAUAUCUUGAAUGGCAAUACCAGAUCUAUAUUGGUGCAUGUAUUAUAAAUUCAGUUUUACUUGUAGGAUAUUUUUUGUUAUUUGGAGUAGUUAUUAUUAAAGGAUUUCCUUUAGAUAGUAGUCAUUCGUAUUCAAAUCUUCAAACAUUAUUUCUACUAGGCUUGGUCCUUCUACCAAUGUAUUCAGUCUUUGUCCAUAUGCUACGAAAACUAUUUAAUUUUUAUAAGCCAGCUAACUUUAACAGUAGAAAUAUAAGUAUUUUUACAAAACGCACCAUCCCUAUUUGGAGUAUCACUCUGAUUGUAGCACUAGGAUCUGGUCUAUCCUUUGGAUCUCAACAUAAACCUGAUAUAUCCAAUUUUAGAAGGUACUUUGUAUGUGCAUAUUCUCUGUUGUGUAUGUCGUUUAUGCUUGUCGCUGUUGAUAUGAUGGGAGCAGUGUAUAGUUUAGUACAUAUAGCAAUGAUAAAAGAUGAAACCUAUGAAGAAUAUAAGAGCUAUAUUAAAUAUACCAUAUAUGCAUCAGGAAUUGUCAUAGUACUGAGUUUUUUCCUUGGAUGUGGGUGUUAUGGAUUUAGCAAAAAAUUAGGCAUUUUCUUUUCUAAAAUUGCCAGCCAAGUAGAUUCUAUAGCCAAGAACUAG